CUUCAUGUGGCUUGUGGUGUGGCUGGGGAGACGCCCAUAGCCUGUCCCUGCUGUGCCGUUAUACAGAGCCCUGCUGGUGCUGGCUGGGGAGCCGGGGAGAGCAUCCAGGGACGUAGCAACUCCCGAUGCACGGUCGCUGCCCCGGAGGGGAGAGCAGGGAGGCGAGGAGCAGCCGGUGCUGCCCGGCUCCACCGGACACGGCAGGGCGGCUCCGAGCAUGCCGUGCGCCGCCGCGCGCGUCUGGCGUUUCCCCAGGACGACUCCCACCUCCUCUCCGCCUGCUCACGUCCAGCCAAACCGCCGUGGCGGUGCCCGGCCCCUCCUCCCCGUUCCUCCGGCCGGGGGGGCUGUGCAGGCCGAGUUCGGGGCUGGCCCGGGGGCGGGAAGGGGCAGUUCCCAGGAAAUCAGUUAAUGAGAGACCAAAAUCAACAGCGGGUCUAUCAGUGACGCUCCACGGGGUCAGACGGCCCCGGCAGAGCCUCCCGGCAGGGAUGAAGUGCCUGGUGGCCCUGGCCCUGGGCUUCCUGGCCCUGGCUGCCGCCAGCCAGUCCCCGCUGCAGAGGCGCGUGGUGAAGGAGGUGCUGGACUACUUCCACGGCCGGAGCAACGUGCACCACUACUUCAAGGAGCAGUCGGUGGAAGGAGCUGUCGAACGAGAGGACCCGUCGGGGACGUUCGUCCAGCUGCGGGUCAACCUCGCGCAGACGGCCUGCAGGAAGAGGGAUGCGAGGAGGCAGAACUGCAAGGUGGUAGAAGGCAAGAGGAAGCCGGCCUGCGUGGCGUGUUUCAAGUUCGACAGCGGCGAUGUCCCCAAGGUGCUGGAUAAGUACUACAACUGCGGCCCCAGCCACCACCUGGCUGUGAAGGAGAUAAAGCACCGGGACGAGGCCGAGUGCCGGGAGGUGGAGGAGGCCGGCAAGUCCACGGAUUCCCUCUACCUUCCCGGCAUGUUCGCCUUCUCCAAGGGGCUGCCGGCCUAGGCCGGCGUCGCCCGCGUCCAGACACGGCCGGCUGGGACCGGGCCGCCAGCCUGGAUACGGGCCCACGGAGAAGGAUGCCGCCGCAGAGGGCCGGCCCGGCCCCUCUGAGCUUGCUGCCCUCCGGCGCUGCGCAACGAGAGGGAGGCUGCCCGCCGCCCGCGCUUCCCACCCGCCUCCGCCUAGACGUGUCCACACGCACCAGUAAACCUGGCUCUGUCUCCA